AUGACCCAGCAAAGAACCAGCUUAAACAAGUGUCCCAACAAUACAGUUGUCUCACAGUUCCAUCUCAUGAGCCUCUCAGAGGAUCCAGAGCUGCAGCCUAUCCUCUUUGGAUUGUUCUUAUCCAUGUACAUGGUCACAGUGCUUGGGAACCUGCUCAUCAUCCUGGCUGUCACCUCAGACUCCCACCUCCACAGCCCCAUGUAUUUCUUUCUCUCCAACCUCUCCUGGUCUGACAUCUGUUUCAUCUCCACCACAGUUCCAAAGAUGAUUUGGGAUAUUCAGACUCAAAGCAGAGACAUCUCCUAUGUGGGCUGCCUAACACAGAUGUCUAUGUUCAUAAUUUUUGGGUGUAUGGAUAGUAUGCUUCUGACUGCAAUGGCCUAUGACAGGUUUGUGGCCAUCUGUCACCCCCUGCAUUACACAGUCAUUAUGAACCCUCACCUCUGUGCAUUCUUAGUUUUGAUAUCUGUUUUGGUAAGUCUUUUAGACUCUCAGGUGCAUAAUUUGGUUGUGCAACAAUUUACAUACUUCAAGGAUAUGAAAAUCUCUAACUUUUUUUGUGAUCCUUCACAACUUUUAAAUCUUGACUGUUCUGAAAUGUUCACCAAAAUCAUAGUCACUCAAUUUAUUGGUGCCUUUUUUGGUUUAUUUUCAACCUCAGGGAUCUUUUUAUCCUACUAUAAAAUUAUUUCUUCCAUCCAGAGAGUUCCAUCAACAAGUGGAAAAUAUAAAGCCUUCUCCACCUGUGGGUCUCACCUUUCAGUUGUUUGUUUAUUUUAUGGCACAUCCAUUGGAGUAUAUGUUGGUUCAACUGUAUCAAACUCUCCGAAAAACUGUGCAGUGGCUUCACUGAUGUACACAGUGGUCACACCUAUGCUGAAUCCUUUCAUCUACAGCCUGAGAAACAGGGACAUUAAAAGUGCCCUCUGGAGGUUGCUGCAAAGAACAAUAUGAUCGUACAACCCCUUCCAUCACUUCUGGAGUUUGAGCUGUUAGCCCAACUAUUUACACCUAAAAACACAAGCUAUUUGAUGUUACUACUUUCAUCC